AAUAAGAUCCCGUCCAUGUUGGAGAGAUAUACUGAAACCACACGCCUGGGAUCGGUGUAUCUUUGGAUUAGGACUUACACAGUAGUAGGACAACUGAACCGAUCGGCAGACUUUCUUUGCAUGCGGAGGACGAGGCGACUUAGCGUGACACCGGCGUCGGCACUGGUAGAGAACACGCAGACAAGGAGCACGGACACGAGAUCACGGCGACAGCUACAGAUCAAAGCUACUUGAUGUGGGAGUGGCGAGACUGCUGAACCUGCUUCAAAGACAUCGCCGACUAGCACCACCAGAACAAGAGCAAACCCCUGACAAUGUCGUUCACCACGGUCCCCGUGCUGGACAUGGCGCUCGCCGACGACCCGGCGGCCAAGCCAAAGUUCCUGGCCGACCUGCGGCACGCGCUGAUGGAAGUCGGCUUCUUGUAUCUGAAGAACGUCGGCAUCCCGGACGAGCUGUUUGAGAAAGUCAUUGCCGAGGGGCGCGGGUUCUUUGACAUCCCCAAGGAAGAGAAACUAAAGAUCGAGAUGAAGAACGCCCGCUCGUUCCUCGGCUACUCACAACUCUCCGCCGAGAUCACCGCUGGCAAGAUUGACCACCGGGAACAGAUCGACCUCUCAACUGAGCACCCAGUCCCGCCGCCAACGGCUCCGCUCUACGAGAACCUCCUGGCGCCCAACCAGUGGCCGUCCACCGCCGUCCUCCCGCACUUCCGCCCUGUCUUCACAGAGUACAUGACGCUCAUGUCGGCCAUGAGCAUCCGCUUCAUCGCGCUCGUGGCGGAGGCCAUCGCGCUGCCGGCCGGCGCGUUCGACAAGUACUUUGACCCCGCGGGCCAGCAGCAGCACAAGCUCAAGGUCGUCAAGUACCCGGACGUCGCGGAGCUCGACCUGCCUGCCGGGACGGAGGCCCAGGGCGUGGGGCCGCACAAGGACAGCAUGCUGACGAGCUACCUCCUGCAGGCGAGCCACCACCGGGGCCUGCAGGUGCAGAACAUGGCGGGCCAGUGGAUCGACUGCCCCCCGAUCCGGGGAACCUUGGUCGUCGCGAUCGGGCAGGGGCUCGAGGCGCUGACGCGGGGCGUGUGCUGCUCGACCACGCACCGCGUGGUGAGCCCGCCGGCUGGCGAGGGAGCCAGGUUCAGCAUCCCCUUCUUCCAGGGCGUGCGGGGCGGGACGACCUUUAAGGAUCUCGAGGAGGUCGGGAUCGGGCAUGCGAUUCCCGAGAGCGUGGUCGAGCAGAGGAGGAAAGUGCUCGAGGCCAACGGCGGCAAGAGGCUGGACGACUGCGAGUUCACGUUCCGGAGCGGCGGCGUGGCGGCCACCCUGGGCGAGGCGACACUGCGCAACCGCGUCAAGAGUCAUCCGGAUGUAGGGGAGCGGUGGUAUCCCGAUAUCCUGAGGGAGAUUCGGGCCGAGCAGGCUGCGCUCGAGAAGCAGCAGGACGGUGCGGGUAAUGGUGGUGGUGCUGCUGUGACGAACGAAGCGUCGGCAGAUGCGACACAGACUCCGGUUGUGCGGGCGCACUGAAGACGACAUGCACCUCGAUAGAUCCUGUCAAGGCCAGGAAAGCCUUCACGUAGC